CAUGCAUAUAUGCAAUAUACUGGCUACUUGUAGUCACGUGCCCCCUUGAGUGGCAGAAAGUGGUCAAUUUUUGUUUGCAAUGUUGAUCAAAACCUACUUUGCAUGACUGAACUUCAAUCCAACAAGACAUACGAGUAACUUUAACCACUUUACAGAGUCGCGAGAUCUUCGAACUCUUGUUCAAUUUCUGUCAAUAGAAACUUUGUAGUGAGUGGGACAUUUGAAGUAGCUGUAAUGAGAUGAGCUACGUUAUAGACAAACAAACUGCCCCUUUUUCUUUAUCACAGACAGAAUCGCUGGUAGACUUUACGAAGCGGUGCCAUAUAGUGCACUUACGCCCCUAAAAGUAAACAUGCCCUACCAACAAAUCACGUGUACGACAAUCCGAUGAAAAACGCCCCUAGAUAAAUUAACACUGCUGCGUUCAUCAUGUUUGCCUUUCAGCAUUUGUCCUAGUUUUGAGUGGAACCAAGAUGGUGGACUAUGACGCCGCGCUCGGCUACCUGGGCUCCAUGGGAAAGUACCAGGCAGUCCAAGUGGCCAUGAUCUGGCUCAUAACAUUCCCUGGAAACUUUCACAUGCUGUCCAUGCCUUUUAUAGGCGCACAGGUGUCUCAUCACUGUGAAAUUCCCGAAUCACAAACGGCAGAACUACAACCCGAAGAUACCUGCGUUCUGAACUACUCGCUUCCAUGGAGCUACGACAAGACUACGGACACGUUUUCGCCCGACUCGUGUUCCCGUUACGAUGUCGGCGUGUACGAGCUGGGAAAUCUGUCGUGUCCCAUGAUGAGAGACGCGACAGGAAACAGGACAGAGAAACCCUGCGAUGCAGGCUGGCGGUAUGAUCGGCAACAGUACAAGAGUAGCAUCUUCAUGGAGUUCGAUCUCGUGUGUGAAAACCAGGCACUGAACAACCUUGCACAGGCCAUGUACAUGCUGGGCGUUCUCAUUGGUUCUAUCGGCUUCGGACAGCUCUCGGACAUUAUUGGCAGGAAGAAGACCAUGUUCUUGACCAUCUUUGUGCAAGUCGUGUUUGGUGUAGCGACGGUUUUCGCGCCCAACUACGCUGCCUUCGUCAUCUUCCGACUUAUCGUCGGAGGCGGAGUCCUCGGUGCCUCUCUUUCUGGGUUUGUGAUUGCAAUGGAACUGGUAGGAGCGGACAAGAGAACGCUGGUUGGGACGUUACUGGGGAUAGCGUUCUCCGCCGCAAACAUGUCACUGGCGGCCAUCGCGCAUGCAAUCCGGGACUGGCGCACUCUGCAACUUGUUGUCUCGGUUCCUAAUAUAGCCAUGCUGUUCUUCUGGUGGUGGGUGAUGUUCCUUUGCUUUGUGAUUUUAAGACAACCCGUUGACGAGAAACGUUACAGUGCUAUCGAUCUGGUGAGAACUCCAAACAUGGCCAAAAUGUCCCUCAUCGUCUUCUUCAACUGGUUGGUUGUGACGAUGGUGUUUUAUGGUCUGGCGCUGAACACGUCAUCCCUUGCCGGAGACGACUAUCUCAACUUCUUCAUCAGCGGUGCUGUGGACAUUCCGGCAUACAUCAUCUCCAUAUUCUCCAUCGAGUAUUUUGGAAGGCGCAAACCACAUGUGUCCUUGAUGCUGAUUGGAGGGAUUGCCUGUAUCAUCACUCCAUUCCUGGCGCCACCUUUCCUCGCACAGAAUUUGAAUGCCUUAUCCAUCACAACGUCAAUGAUCGGCAAGUUCGGUAUCACAGCUGCCUUCAACAUCAUCUACAUUUGGACGGUCGAGAUGUACCCAACAGUUGUCAGAAAUGUUGGAAUCGGGGCCUCUUCCAUGUGGGCUCGGGUGGGUGGCAUCAUUUCUCCCUUCGUCCAACUGUCCGACACUGCGUGGGGCCCUGUCCCCUACCUCAUCUUCGGCGCCCUGUCUGUGGUGGCCGGCCUGGCCGCCAUGCUGCUGCCGGAGACGCUCGGGGUUCGCCUGCCGGACACACUGGAGGAAGGAGAGAACUUCGGAAAAGUAAAGAAUAUGCCUCCAAGCACGAACGAAUCAACUGUGGGCACAAAUAAGACGGAGAAGGAAGCCUUCGUUACAACACCGGAGGAUCGUGAGGGUAGCGCCGGCUCCUUGGACAGUGACACAAGUUACAAGGCAGCCAUGGAAGUGACACAGCUGUAAACAAUGCCCCUGCAUUUACAGACCAAGCUGCUUGGGGGCCCAAACUUCUUUCUUACAUCACAAGCUAUCUGCCAGAAAAAAAUCAAAACCAUAGCAUGUCCAGGUCAAAAGAAGAAAAAACAGAAGCGCUGCUGUAGUACCGGGGUCACAUACGGGGGAGGGGGCUGGGGGGUGGGGCGGCUCAAGAUCGACCUUGACCUUCUUCUUCUCCCACAUACAAAAUAUCAUCGUAAUGCAUCCAGAGGUUUUAGAGCUAUAUUGACCACAAAUAUCCGGAAACACAGAUAGACACACAGAUACACAGACCAAAAGGCAUUUUUAAUGAAGGUAACGAUGAGCACCAUUGUACACGUUGAGAUAUGGGAGGGAUGCUUGUAAUAUUCUGCUUUUAUAUGGUUAUCAUUGUUAUCUUGUUGAUAUAUGAUUUUCAGUUUGCAACAUAUAAUAUACUAUGCAUAGGAAGAUACGUAACAUCCAUACUGUAGUAAUCCAAAUUAUGUAGCGUAGUGUAUACGUAGAAAUGUGUUAGUACAUUUUCUAUAUACGUCGAUUGCGAAUCGGAGAUUGUUUCGUUGUGAGUUGAACUGUAAUUUUUUGUCGAAUUUUUGUUGUUCCCGAAUUCAUAUCCCCUUUCAUUUGCGAGACAUAUCCGAAAUAGAAACAGUCCAGAGAUUA